AUGUCCAAUGUCAAUGGAGUGCACUUUCAAUGGCUUGCGUGUGUAAAAGAGAGAAAUUCUUGCAAAUGUACAAGUUAUCAACUGGAAAUAUUCUUGAAUCUUUUCUCAGGUUCUUUAGUCGUAGAGAAAACUCCAGUGCGUCAUCCCAGCGGUCCACAGCCAUUUCCUUUCCAGCAAAUGAACCCAGGCCCUAGACCCGACGGUCUUCAGACCGGGUUCCUGAGCUCACAGUCCCAGCAGCAGCAGCAGCAGCGGCAAAGCACAUUGGCCCAGCUGCAAAUGCAGGUGGAGAAACUCUCCCAGCACACCAACCGCCACCAACCGCCCAACCAGUGGUCAUGGUACCAUGGCAUGCGCUUACCAGGGCCACCUCCACAUAGACCCAUGCAGGGUGGAUCACCCUCUCAGGCAUUACCCAGCAUGCCUCAACAUGGGCGUCGAUAUGGUGCACGGAGCCCACCACCUGUGCUUCAGCCCACUAACCUACCUCUACAGACUUUGAGGGGUCUUAUCAACAAUCCCACCUACCCUGCUAAACCGAUGGAGGUGCUGCCAAGAACCCGCUAUCCGCACAGUGCUGCUUUCUCCAGUGGAGCUUCACUUCCUUCUCCACAGACGUUCAAUCAGAACAUGCAGGUAACGUCGUACCUGAACAGGAGAUUUGAUCCCAGCAUGCAGCUGUCUGCUCAGAGGCCCAGUUAUCAACCCAGUCACCUCUCCACACCUACAGAACGAACUGUACAAGGAAGACAAAUGUCCGUCACAUCAUCAGAACCAAAGACCAGUUCUGGCCCCUGGAAGCGUGUAGAAGCCCCCCAGAGUGGCCCAUCAAACCCCUCCACCAAGAGGAGACGCAGGUCGUCUCCAGGGCCGGUCAUUGUCAUCAAAGAUGAACCAGAGGAUGACGGUGAAGUUCAUUUUGUAAACACCAAUGCUAAAGCCAGUCUUCCAGACAGCACAGGCGUUCAGUCUCAAACGCCACAAGGUGAGCAGCAAUCAGAGAAGACCCCAGAAGCAGAUGAAGACCCCAAUGAGGACUGGUGCGCGGUGUGCCAGAACGGAGGAGAACUGCUCUGCUGUGACAAAUGUCCCAAAGUCUUCCAUCUUAGCUGCCAUAUUCCCACAUUGACUGCCUCUCCAAGUGGUGAGUGGUAUUGUACGUUCUGCCGUGACCUUACCUCACCUGAAAUGGAGUAUAACGACAGUGGUAGCGGAGAAUCGAACAAUGUGAAGCAGGAUCCAGAUUCUGAGGCUUUCGCUCCUGUGGAUAAAAGAAAAUGUGAGCGACUGCUGCUUCGUCUUUACUGCAAUGAGCUCAGCACGGAUUUUCAGGAGCCUAUAACACCAUCGUCGAUGCCAGAGUACAGUGAGAUAAUAAAGACACCAAUGGACCUGUCGGUGAUCAGAAGCAAACUGAAGGACAGCAAUUACAAGAGCACUGAGGACUUUGUUGAGGAUGUCAGGCUGAUUUUCAAAAACUGUGCAACUUUCCACAAGGAAGACACUGAGAUGGCCAAUGUGGGUGCUAAUCUGGAGAGUUACUUUGAGGAACAGCUGAAACUAUUGUAUCCAGACCGGACAUUUCCUGGCGUGAAGGAGGAGAGCGUUGCUUCUUUGUGUCCUGAUGAUACAAGUCCCUUAUCAAAGACGCCUCCACAAGACACUUCCCCUGCUGAGGAGAUUGUGAAACCCUCCAGUGAAGAUCUCCCUCAGGGAGAACCGCACACUAAAGACAUUGAGAAGAAGCCAGAGAACUUAAGCUCUCCUGCAGGAUCCAGUCCAGCAGAUGCUGAAACGGACAGUAAAGCAACUAAAGAUCCAACUUCCUGAAAGAAUCUUCCUUGUUCAUCCUCUAAAGACUGGAUGGUGACAUGCACUUUCCUAGAGUGUGAAACCUCUGGUUCAACUGCAAUAAUUAUACUGUACAUUUUAAUUGUUUUAAGCAUUUGGAAAAUAGACAGUUUGACCACUAAAGAUGUAAUAUAACAAUGCAAUGUGGAAUAUAGGCAUAAUAAAUACCUAUAUG